AUGUUCAUAUCCAUACCCAACUCCUUUGUGUUGUUGAAGUCGAAGGUCAUCAGUCACACUGAGUGGAGCGGAAGCGACAUCAUCAGGUCUUCCCGCCUUGUCCCCUGCGCGUAUCCAGACAACCCCCAAACACCCAUCUUCUACCCUUCGUUCCCUUCCGACUCCGGCUACUUCCAGGCACAAUAA